GGUUUGACAACUCUCUCGAUAGUCGGCAACCGAGAGGAGAGAGAGCUUAUUAUUAUUAUUAUUAUUAUUAUACGUGAACGACGACGACCAUGUUGGUCCCGGCCGACAUGCUCGCCGCACAAUCGAAAAUGCUCUAUCAAAUAAACAAAUAUUACGGCGAAAGAGUACAAACGCGUAUGGGCACCAUAGCCAAAACCAUCCGGGAAGUGUGCAAAGUGGUCCAGGACGUUCUCAAAGAAGUCGAAGUGCAAGAGCCGAGGUUCAUUUCCUCCCUGACCGAGUGCAACGGCCGAUACGAGGGUCUAGAGGUGAUUUCACCGAGUGAGUUCGAGGUGGUGCUCUACCUGAACCAAAUGGGGGUGUUUAACUUCGUAGACGACGGCACUUUACCCGGUUGUGCUGUGCUAAAGCUCAGUGACGGCAGGAAACGUUCCAUGUCCCUCUGGGUGGAGUUUAUUACCGCUUCCGGUUACUUAUCAGCGCGAAAGAUCAGAUCGAGGUUUCAAACUCUAGUCGCUCAAGCCUGUGAUAAAUGUUCCUACAGAGAUUCCGUGAAAAUGAUCGCAGAUACCACGGAAGUGAAACUAAGGAUCAGAGAGAGGUUCAUAGUGCAAAUUACGCCGGCUUUUAAGUGCUCAGGUGUAUGGCCUCGAUCUGCCGCACAUUGGCCCUUGCCGCACAUCCCUUGGCCCCAUCCCAGUUUAGUUGCCGAAGUGAAAACCGAAGGGUUCGACUUGCUUAGCAAGGAAAGUAUCGCUGCCCAAGGAAAACAAUCCGCCAUGGAGGGUGACGCGUGGGUUUUAUCGUUUUUAGAAGCAGAGAACCGACUUUUGCAAGGGGGUUGUCGCAGAAGGUGCCUGAGCAUCCUCAAGACCCUCCGGGAUCGACAUCUGGACCUUCCAGGUAAUCCAGUAUCCAGUUAUCACUUAAAAACGUUGCUUUUGUAUGAAUGCGAGAAGCAUCCUAGGGAAAGCGAGUGGGAUGAGUCCUGUAUCGGUGACAGGAUUAACGGGAUUUACUUGCAGCUGAUUUCUUGUUUGCAGUGCAGGAGAUGCCCGCAUUAUUUUAUUCCUAAUUUGGAUUUGUUUAAAGGCAAGUCACCUAGUGCUUUGGAAAAUGCCGCUAAACAGGUGUGGAGGUUGACUAGAGAGCUGCUGACUAACAGCAGAUGUUUAGAGAAGCUUUAAAUAGGACUUUUUAAAAUGUUUUGUGCCAUAUAGUAGAUUAAGCUCGUUUAAGUUUCCUUAUAUUAUGUAAGCUUAAGACUGAAUAUAAAGCAUUUAUUAUUUUGUAAAAUAUUUAUAUGAUAUACUCGUUUGCAAUGUUUGACUGAGAGUAUUUGUUUGUAUUUCUGUUUAAGAGGAACCUGAAAUGUUGGUUUGUUGAUUCUUUAUUUAUUUUUUGGAUGUAUGUUGAAAAUUUCA